CUCAGCCGUGGGCCGCCAGUGCGUCUCCAGACCCCGCAGUGCAGCCAUGUCCAGACGAGGAGCACCACUCGCCUACCGCGCAUGCGCAGUCGCCAUCCUGGUUGCUUUCACGACAACAGCAAGUGCCCAGCAGUGCGAGUCGCCGUGUGUGCGGGUGGCGGAGUGUGGCUGGCUAGUGGAGCUGCUGCAUCACGAAAGGCGCCCCGCAGACGUCGCAGAGUUGAUGCGGGGCCUCGUCUGCGGCAGGACGGAUGGCCACUUGAUCCACGUGUGCUGUGGGUCGCCACCGAGGCAGCUGCAGCUACACGCAGAACCCAAGCCGCAGCCACAGCCAGAGCAACAGGCGCAGCCAGAGCAACAGGCGCAGCCAGAGGAGCAGCCGAAGACAGACCAAGGACAGCAGCCAAAGGCAGCUGGGCCACACGCAGAACCCAAGCCGCAGCCACAGCCAGAGCAACAGGCGCAGCCAGAGGAGCAGCCGCAGACAGGCCAAGGACAGCAGCCAAAGGCAGCUGGGCCACACGCAGAACCCAAGCCGCAGCCACAGCCAGAGCAACAGGCGCAGCCAGAGGAGCAGCCGCAGACAGGCCAAGGACAGCAGCCAAAGCCAGCUGGGCCACACGCAGAACCCAAGCCGCAGCCACAGCCAGAGCAACAGGCGCAGCCAGAGGAGCAGCCGCAGGCAGGCCAAGGACAGCAGCCAAAGCCAGCUGCGCCCAUCAGGCCACAGGACCUGCUGCAGCACCCCAACCUGCGGCUCCUGCCCAUGGGCACAUGUGGACGGGACUAUUCUGACCGCAUCACGGAUGGUGUGACUCCCAUCAACAGGUACCCGUGGUUGGCACUGCUCUUAUACUCGCUAGACGGCGGCCCCCCCGUGUUGCUGUGCGACGGCGCGCUCGUCACCAGGCGCUACGUGCUCACCGUGGCGCAGUGCAUCAUCCACAAGAACCUCAACCGCUACAAGCUGGUGAGUGUACGGCUGGGCGAGUGGGACCAGCGCACAGACGUGGACUGCGACGGCGACUUCUGCGUGCCUCCGGCACAGGACUUCGGAAUCGAGCAGUCCAUUCCGCACCCGGAGUACACCCCUAAGCUCUCCAACGACAUCGCGCUGCUCAGACUCGACCGCGACGCUCCCUAUUCGCCUUUCAUCACACCAAUCUGUUUGCCUGUGGCUCCUGAGAUGAGGCAGGCGACAUUCGUUGGGAAGAAUCUUGUUGUGGCUGGAUGGGGUGACACCAGAGACGGUUACAACACCCCAGUGAAGCUGUAUAUACAGCAACCGGUGGUGGACGAGCAGACUUGCCAACAGAGGUACUCACGCUGGAACAGGCACAUCAUGCCAUCUCACAUAUGCGCCGGCAGCAAGGAAGGCAACAACUCCUGCUACGGCAGAAGUGGCAGCCCACUCAUGGCCUUCGAGGGCCAACCGGCCAGGGGUUUCCUCAUCGGCGUUGUCUCGUUUGGCCCCAUAGUGUGCAACAAAGUGGACACUCCCACUGUCUACACCCGUGUCUCGUCCUUCCUCACCUGGAUACUUGACAACAUUAGACCUUAACGUCACACACACGUCACACACCACACCACAUCAUACCAUACAACACAUCUUGCUGGCCUGCCGUCAUGUGCAUCGUUUGAGUGGAUGCGUACAGAAGAGUAUAUCAACUCAUAAGAUACUAAUGUUCGCCUCAGCGAUAUUGCAAAUGAAGAGAUGUUAACUCAAAGUAUGAUCUGCUGUCGUGCUGUUUCUCACCAUUUCCUUUAAGAAAUUCGUAGCUCCAUUAUUAAAUUUCCUCUCAUUGGUAUCGUUAUAUCUAAUUUCAUUCUUAAACUUUUCUUUUCUGUAGAUUUUUGCCUACAAUACACAACAUUUACAACAAAUUACCACUAAAGGAAGAAAAAUGAAAUACAUUUGCUAUGUGAUCUACAUGUGUUGGGUGGGCUGAGAUGAUGAUUAUGACAGAGAGGUUUAUCUGUAACUUUUUAUGAAAUCCAUUGUGUGAAAAGUAAAAUUUGUUAAAUUUCUGAUAACUCCAAAACAGGUGUUUUAGUGCCAACUCAGACGCCAGAGCUUGAAAGCAGUAAUCUAGAGGAACAAGUGCUUCAAUGUAAAUGAAUACUGUACUGCCGAAAUUAUUCCUGUAUCACCUGGCACAACACACUAUUCUAUUCAGUAAUACAGCUAAGUUGUCCUUGUUUCUUCUGCCUCCAGUUUCCAGUUUCAAGAAUUUAAUUUGAUCUAGUUGUUCAGACUCAGGUUUGACAUCACCAAAGACUGGAUUGCUUUUAUCAUAUUUUUGUAGCUCAUGACCUCAGAAAAGGUGUUUAUUUGCGAUACUUUAUUAAUAAUUUAGGCUACACCACUUUUUGGGUCCUUGCCAGAAUAUACAUUCUCUUAUUUCCUGUGAUACUGUUUGGUGGUGGCAUGUGUGGAUGCGUUCUCAAUGAGGCAAAGUAAUUUUGAACGUUAAAACCAUGCUGUGCUUUCAAAGAACUUUACCAACUGUAAUCUACUUCGUUGCCCUUGUACAUCGCGGCACUAAUCCCUAUCGUAAUUUAUACAGGGUGUUACAAAAAGGUGCGACCAAACUUUGAGGAAACAUUCCUCACACACAAAUAAAGAAAAUAUGUUAUGUGGACAUGUGUCCAAAAACGCUUACUUUCCAUGUUAGAGCUCAUUUUAUUACUUCUCUUCAAAUCACAUUAAUCAUGGAAUGGAAACACACAGCAACAGAACGUACCAGCGUGACUUCAAACACUUUGUUACAGGAAAUGUUCAAAAUGUCCUCCGUUAGCGAGGAUACAUGCAUCCACCCUCCGUCGCAUGGAAUCCCUGAUGUGCUGAUGCAGUCCUGGAGAAUGGCGUAUCGAAUCACAGCCGUCCACAAUACGAGCAAGAAGAGUCUCUACAUUUGGUACCGGGGUUGCGUAGACAAGAGUUUUCAAAUGCCCCUAUAAAUAAAAGUCAAGAGGGUAGAGGUCAGGAGAGCGCGGAGCCCAUGGAAUUGGUCCGCCUCUACCAAUCAAUCGGUCACCGAAUCUGUUGUUGGGAGGCGUACGAACACUUCGACUGAAAUGUGCAGGAGAUCCAUCGUGCAUGAACCACAUGUUGUGCCGUACUUGUAAAGGCACAUAUUCUAGCAGCACAGGUAGAGAAUCCCGUAUGAAAUCAUGAAAACUUGCUCCAUUGAGCGUAGGUGGAAGAACAUGCGGCCCAAUCAAGACAUCACCAACAAUGCCUGCCCAAACGUUCACAGAAAAUCUGUGUUGAUGACGUGAUUGCACAAUUGCGCGCGGAUUCUCGUCAGCCCACACAUGUUGAUUGUGAAAAGUUACAAUUUGAUCACGUUGGAAUGAAGCCUCAUCCGUAAAGAGAACAUUUGCACUGAAAUGAGGAUUGACACAUUGUUGGAUGAACCAUUCGCAGAAGUGUACCCGUGGAGGCCAAUCUUCUGCUGAUAGUACCUGCACACGCUGUGCAUGGUACGGAAACAACUGGUUCUCCCGUAGCACUCUCCAUACAGAGACGUGGUCAACGUUACCUUGUACAGCAGCAACUUCUCUGACGCUGACAUUAGGGUUAUGGUCAACUGCAAGAAGAAAUGCCUCGUCCAUUGCAGGUGUCCUCGUCGUUCUAGGUCUUCCUCAGUCGCGAGUCAUAGGCUGAAAUGUUCCGUGCUCCCUAAGACGCCAAUCAAUUGCUUCGAACGUCUUCCUGUCGGGACACCUUCGUUCUGGACAUCUGUCUCGAUGCAAACGUACCGCGCCACGGCUAUUUCCCCGUGCUAAUCCACACAUCAAAUGGGCAUCUACCAACUCCGCAUUUGUAAACAUUGCACUGACUGCAAAACCACGUUCGUGAUGAACACUAACCUGUUGAUGCUACGUACUGAUGUGCUUGAUGCUAGUACUGUAGAGCAAUGAGUCACAUGACAACACAAGCACCGAAGUCAACAUUACCUUCCUUCAAUUGGGCCAACUGGCGGUGAAUCGAGGAAGUACAGUACAGACUGACAAAACUAAAAUGAGCUCUAACAUGGAAAUUAAGCGUUUCCGGACACAUGUCCAAAGAAUAUAUUUUCUUUAUUUGUGUGUGAGGAAUGUUUCCUGGAAGUUUGGCCGUACCUUUUUGUAACACCCUGUAUACUGUAUUUUUGUUACUCAUAAUUCAUAAGUAGUCAUUUGUAAAUAUAUCUUCUUUCACUGCUCAAGUUCAUAUAAAACCUCAUAGUCGAAGGAAUGCCUGGUAACGGCUGAUUUUGACUUUAUAUCCCAAUCCACGUAAAAUUUACGAUUGUAGUAGUGUAUAAAAAGGAUGUUUUCUAGUUAAUUUCUUAUGUAACGUAGUUAAUCUCUUAUGUAAAGUACCACUGGAGCUCCAACUAGUGUGUAACCUAUAAAUUAUGACUGCCUGUGAAUAAAAGGUGGAGCAGUUAACUAGAUUCUAGUGUAGUAGCAGUGUAACAUUUUUUCCAUCUUUAUUGUUCUGGGGUCAAGGAUUUUUUUGCCAAGUAUCACCAUUGUUCUUAAAGGACAAGGAACUCAGUCGCCUGAAAGCCAGUGCCACGUAGACACUGCAGGCUUCGACAACUAAUGUAUGUACAUAGUCGCAGUUAACAUUUAUUACUGCCUGAUGGGUCUUCUGAUUCUAGAGAAAUUAUCAGCACAUGUGAGGUGAAAAUAAAACUUCUCAAGUUGUCAAACAUACUUGCAGUAAAUACGGAUUUUGAAAUAUGUGACUAUUCUGAUAUAAUAUUGAAGUACUCAGCAGCCUGUAAGUUUUUCUAUUAAUGUUUUAUUCAUACUGGUUUACAGUUCAUGUUUUCAGAUUCAUAUGUUGGUAAUUUUUACAAACUGCAUUCAUAAACAUAUUAGCAAUAAAGCCCUUCAUUCUGCCACAAA